GAGCGGGGGCGGGACCAGCACCCGCAGAGCCGACGCCCCUGCGCGGACUCAGAUCGGCCGCAGCGGGAGUCUGGAGCGGGUGCCGCGCAGGGUGCCUGGACUGCGUGCGGCCCGAAGCGCGGAGGCGGACCUACCCACCGUGGUCCAGUUGUGGCGCCCAGAACUCCGCAGAGGACGCGACCGUGAGGCUGGGGCUGCCCGCGGGGAGGGGGACGACCCCUAGACCCUGCCUGCCGCAUCCCGACAGCUCGGCUGUGGGGCCGCCCACUCUAGCAUCAGUUCUGCCAGGGUGGGGAGAGGUGGGUGCCCUAGACGGAUUCCGAGCAAUCCCCCUGCCCGGACACCUCUCCCGGUCUUGCAUCCUAAAGACCCCCUCCUGUCGCUUCCCUGUCUCGUUCUUCCCACCCAACCCCCUCCACUCCGGCCUGCAGCCCCUCUCAGCGCUCCGGUCAGGUGAGGCGCUGGAGAGGGAAAGACUACGGUCCUUCUGCUCCCCCUCCCACCCCGCCCCUGCUGUCCCUCGCUGGGCUGGGGACACCCGGGAGGAUGCUGGCCCUUUAAACCCUUGCUCCUCACCCAGAGCUGCUUCUAUCUCGCCACCCGCGCCACUUCCGACAGCUGGCAGCCGCGGGGAGCCCCGGGGGGCCGGCAGGAGGGCGGGGUCUGGCGCCCGUGACCCCACCCUGCGGACCCCUUCAUCGAGCCCCCUCCCCCAGGGGCGCCAUGCCCGGCCUGUACUGCCCCUCCAGCUGGACGCCGCUGCCCCUGACUGACUCCUGGGUCCGGGCCUGCGCCAAUGGCCCCUGUCUCAGCCUGCGGGCCCGGCUCACCUACCACAACCCGCAGCCGCAGCCGGUGGACGGCGUGUUUGUGUACCCGUUGGCGGAGGCCGAAGUGGUCUCGGGCUUCGAGGCGGAGGCGGCGGGACGGCGCGUCUCGUUCCAGCUGCAGAGCAGGCGACGCUCACAGGCCGCUUGCUGCCGCGCGCUGGGCCCCGGGUUGGGGGCCUCCACGCCCCGCCGCUGCGCGCAGGGUCAUCUUGUGUUGGAUCUGGCCCAGGCCCGGUCCACACUGGUGCUGCCCACAGGCCUCAUCAACGCGGCCGGCACCAUGACGGUGACCCUGCGCAGCAGCCGGGAGUUGCCCUCAAGGCCUGAUGGGGUGCUGCACGUGGCUCUGCCCUCUGUGCUCACCCCACUGGCCUCACCAGGCCCACCGGGGCCCCCCAGGCCUCCGGGGCUCUGUGACGACAGGUUGGGCCUAUGCCCUACCAGCUGCUUCGGGGUGGGCAGCCCUCAGGAGGAAGGGCUGGCCUGGGAGGAGCCAGCGGCCCCUCCGGAUGUGUUCUCAGGCCCUGCCCGCUGCCCUGCCCCGUACACCUUCUCCUUCGAGAUGCUGGUCACUGGGCCAUGCCUGCUAGCAGGCCUGGAGAGCCCUUCUCAUGCUCUGCGGGCAGAUGCCCCACCUCAUGCCAGCUCCGCAGCCACCAUCUGUGUCACAUUAGCAGAGGGCCACCACUGUGACCGGUCAUUGGAGAUCCUGCUGCACCCCAGUGAGCCCCACCAGCCACACCUGAUGCUAGAGGCCGGCAGCCUGAACUCAGCAGAAUAUGAGGCCCAGGUGAGGGCCCGCCGGGACUUCCAGAGGCUACAGCGAAGGGACAGUGAUGGGGACCGGCAGGUGUGGUUCCUGCAACGACGCUUCCACAAGGACAUCCUGUUAAACCCCGUGCUGGUGCUGAGCUUCUGCCCGGACCUGAGCUCUAAGCCUGGAAACCUGGGCACAGCCACACGGGAGCUUCUCUUCCUGCUGGAUGGCAGCGGCAUAGCGCACAAGGAUGCCAUUGUUUUGGCUGUGAAGUCACUGCCACCACAAACGCUCAUCAACCUGGCCAUGUUUGGCACGUCGGUGCGGCCCCUCUUCCCAGAGAGCCGGCCUUGCAGUGAUGACACUGUGCAGCUGAUCUGUGAGAACAUUGAGACCCUGCAGGCUGAGAGUGGUCCCCCAGAUGUGCUGGCUGCACUGAACUGGGCCAUGGGGCAGCCCCAGCACAAGGCCCGCCCUCGGCAGCUCUUCCUCCUGACUGCUGCCUCGCCCGUGGCCGCUGCUACCCAUCAAACCCUGGAGCUCAUGAGGUGGCACAGGGGGGCAGCCAGGUGCUUCUCCUUUGGGCUGGGGCCUGCCUGCCACCAGCUGCUCCAGGGGCUGUCUGCCCUCAGCAGGGGCCAGGCCUACUUCCCAAGGCCUGGGGAGAGGCUGCAGCCCAUGCUGGUGCAGGCUCUCCGGAAGGCACUGGAGCCUGCUUUGAGUGACAUCUCUGUGGACUGGUUUGUGCCUGAUGCGGUGGAGGCACUGCUGACCCCCCGGGAGAUCCCAGCACUCUACCCUGGGGACCAGCUGCUCGGUUACUGCUCACUCUUCAGGGUGGAUGGCUUCCGGUCCCGUGCCCCAGGGGGCCAAGAACCUGGCUGGCAGAGCUUGGGAGGCUCCGUGUUCCCAUCCCCAGAGGAGGCACCAUCUGCCACCAGUCCUGGCACUGAGCCCACUGGCACCUCGGAGCCGUUAGGAACGGGCACUGUGUCAGCAGAGCUGUCCAGCCCGUGGGCUGCUGGGGACUCAGAGCAGACAGGUACUGAUGCUUUGACAGACCCAGUCACAGACCCUGGACCCAAUCCCUCCACUGACACAGCCAUAUGGCGCCGCAUCUUCCAGUCAUCGUACAUCCGGGAGCAGUAUGUGCUCACUCACUGCUCUGCCAGCCCAGAGCCAGGUCCAGGCUCCACAGGCAGCAGCGAGUCCCCUGGUUCCCAGGGCCCUGGCUCCCCUGAGGGCACUGCUCCCCUGCAUCCCCCUUCUCAGCAGGGCUGUCGCAGCCUGGCCUGGGGAGAACCUGCAGGCUCCCACUCCUGCCCCCUGCCUCUACCCCCAAUGGCUCCAGUCAAGCCUGGGGCCUUGAGUGCUGAGGUGCUGGGUCGUCGACGCAGAGCAGCUCUGGCUGGCCGGAGCCUCUCAUCUCCCCCAGGCCAGGUGAACCCAGUCCCUGGCCGUCCCUGCCACCCCUCUCUGGGCAUAGCACCAGAUGGGCCAGGCCCUGAGUCAGGGCAGCAGCUGGGACAGGGCCUGGAUGACUCAGGAAAUCUGCUCUCCCCGGCCCCCAUGGACUGGGACAUGCUGAUGGAACCCCCCUUCUUAUUCACAGCUAUGCCCCACAAUGGGGAAUCAGCCUCUCCAGCAGUGGAACUGCCUCCGCAGGCUCCACGCUGCCACGUGGUGAUCCGAGCCCUGUGUGGGGAGCAGCCUAUGUGCUGGGAGGUGGGUGUUGGGCUAGAGACACUAUGGGGACCUAGUGAUGGCUCACUGCCUCCGUCACCCCCUCAAAGAGAAAGUGCUUGGGACCAAGCACUCCAUCGGCUGACAGCAGCCUCCGUGGUCCGGGACAAUGAGCAGCUGGCUCUCCGUGGAGGGGCUGAGGCCAUGGCUGACCAAGGCCAUGCCCGGAGGUCCUGGCUCCGAGCCCUUCAGACGAGCAAGGUCAGCUCUGCCCCUUCCUGCUUCACCUGCCCCGUAGCUGUGGAUGCUACCACCAGGGAGGUCCUACCCUCAGCCCUGCAGGUGCGGAGCUCAGAGCUAGCUGAGCCCCCAAGCACUUCUGCCUCUCAAGGCCAACUAGAUGCAACUCCUCUGCCUACAGCUGUCCACGCUAAAGGACUUCAGGGAGGCUCUGUGGUAGGUGGCUGGAACCCAGACCAAAAUGGCAACUCCAAGUCAGUCACCAGAAGUCCUCAUCGCCUGCCCCCCCAGCCUCCCUCUAGGCUCAGCCUGGGCGGUGGGAGGGCCAGAGGCUCUGACAGCCACAGACUCUGCAGCACCAACCGGGGCCAGGCUGGCGACAGCAACAGUAAAGGCAGCGACCACGACUACUUGCCCUUGGUGCGGCUGCAGGAGGCACCUGGCUCCUUCCGCCUAGACGCACCCUUCUGUGCAGCAGUACACAUCCCUCGGGAGCGCCUGUGCCGCGCUUCGCCCUUUGCUGCGCACCGCGCCAGCCUCAGCCCCACCUCGGCCUCCUCUCCCUGGGCACUUCUGGGGCCUGGUGUUGGCCAGGGUGACAGUGCCACGGCCUCCUGCAGCCCGUCCCCCAGCUCAGGCUCUGAGGGUCCAGGCCAGGUGGACAGCGGACGGGGUUCAGACACUGAGGCCUCAGAGGGCGCAGAAGGGCCCGGAGGUGCGGACCUGCGGGGCCGGACCUGGGCCACCGCCGUGGCGCUCGCCUGGCUGGAGCACCGCUGCGCUGCUGCCUUCGGCGAGUGGGAACUGGCAGCAGCUAAAGCUGACUGUUGGCUACGGGCCCAGCACCUACCUGAUGGCCUUGACCUAGCUGCCCUCAAAGCUGCAGCCCGGGGUCUCUUCCUGCUGCUGCGCCACUGGGACCAGAACCUGCAGCUACACCUGCUGUGCUACAGCCCCGCAAACAUGUGAGGGCUGCCCACUGCUCUGGCUGGCGCUGCCCAACACACUCAAGUCACUGCCACCGGGGCCGGCUUCUCGGUACUGGGAGGGGCAGGCCGGUAUCCACCUGACCCCUACUGCUUCUCAUCCCCUUCCCAGAACCCCCCUGCCCUCACAGAAAGUGCCUGCCUGUGCUCUCUCCCACUCCUCCCAUCCCAUGCCUCUUCCCCUCUGAGCUCUGUGCAGUGCGGUGGAAGGGUAGAGAGCCACAGUCCCCAAAUCCUAUGCAAUAAAGUGCCUCUUAAGACUG